AUGGCUUAUUCAAAAGAGCUUACCCCAGCGCUUAGAGAGCGUAUUUGCGAGCUACACGCGAUUAACUGGGGUUAUAAGCGUAUUCAUAAGCGCUACCCCUGGAUAUCUCUCUCAACGAUUCGAUAUACUAUCAAAAAGGAGCCUGAACGCCGAAUGGGUGUUUCAAAGCCUCGCUCUGGCCGCCCGAAGAAGCUUACCGAGGACGAUAAACCCCGAAUCUUGUAUGUUAUUGCUGAACAACCACGCGUGACCUAUGAGGACCUACUUUCUGAGGUUUCUUAUAAGGUAAAAAAGGAUUCGAUUCGCCGACUAUUGAAUGCUGAGAAUAUGCGAAAGUGGCGAUGCUCCUGGAGACCCUAUCUCGACGAUGAACACGCAGCUAAGCGUCUCCAGUGGGCUAGCCGAUAUCGACACUUUACACCAGCUGAUUGGGCUCGUGUUUACUGGUCUGAUGAGUGUACUGUUGAGCGUGGCAUCGGUAUUCGUCGCGAAUGGACCUUUAUACGCCCUCGAGAUCAGCCAAAAAAGGGCGAAUGCCAGGGUUUACCGCAUCGCGGUAAGCAGGUUAAGCAGAUGUUUUGGGCUGAAUUCUCGGCUACUCGACGUACGGGUUUAAUACCCCUAUUCGGCGAUCCUUCAUCACAGCGUGGUGGUAUUAAUCGAUUCGUUAUUGAAGAAUUAUACCGCCGAGUCUUACCAACCUUGUUGCCUACUGAAGAUGGUAUUUUUAUGCACGACAACGCACCUACGCAUACUGCAUACGUUGUACGCGAUGCAUUAGAAGAGAUGGAGAUCGAGGUGAUGAUCUGA